UGUUUCACCCGAUACAUUGAGUUUCACAGAUGCGUAGCUGCUAAGGGUGAAGAAUCUGGCGAUUGUGGAAAAUUUGCCAAGUACUAUCGUUCCCUUUGCCCAGGUGAAUGGGUUGAGAAAUGGAAUGAGCAGAGGGAAAGUGGAACAUUCCCCGGGCCUCUCUAAUCUAACACGGUGUUAGGAAUUAAGGCCUCGGGUUCCUGGGUUUGCAGUUACCUUUGUUAUGAUGCUAGUCAUCUGGUUUUUCCUUUGAAGAUUAAUAAGGCUUUUUAGCAAAUAUCUUAUUGUUAAUUCUAAUGUUUCAUCAUUGCAUGUAAAUAAGGUGCAAAAGAAAAGCUUUGAAGGAGUCUGUCGUUUUUGAAAUGUCUUUUCAGUUCUCUCUUCUUUUUUUCCCCAUUAAUCUACAUUUCUCAACUUAGAA